UUGGUUGCUCUUUUUUUCAACAAACUUUUAGGUCUUGCAAUUGUACCAUUUAUAAAGAAAAAAGCAGAUAAUGAUGACUCGAAGCAAAAUGCAAAACUGGAACGUUUCAAGCAGGAAGCAGAUACGUUAUAUGAUGUUUAUUUGAUAGAAAAUGCAUACAAUGUGUUAAGAAGAUUUUCGUCAGGUAAUGAUCCUCAGAUGCUUUGGCGACUAGCUCGUAUAUUAGUUGAAAAAGCCAAAAUGUCAAAGGAUAAAAAUGACAGGAAGCGCUUUAUGUAUGAUGCUUUGAAAAUGGCUGAGAAAGCAUUGGAUAAUGAAGGUGAAGACGCUUGCUGGCAAGCACAUAAAUGGUAUGCAAUUGUGCUAAGUUAUGUGUCAGAGUAUGAAGGCUAUACAGAACAGCUUCGACACUCCUAUGAAGUUAGACGACAUCUCGAAAAGGCACUUGACAUCAAUUCUGCUGAUGCAACUACUUGGCAUGCUUUAGGUGUUUGGUAUUUUACAUUUGCGGAUUUGUCGUCAUGGAAAGCUUUGUGUAUUAGAGUUAUGUCAGGAUCACUUCCAGCAGCUACAUAUGAAGAUGCUUUGAAAUGUUUUCAAAAAGCGGAGUUUAUCAAGCCUAAUUUCUAUUCUUCAAAUCUGUGGUAUCUGGCAGAAGUGAAAUCUAGACUUGGUCAGAAGGAAGAAGCUUUUGAACUUUACAAAGCUGCAUUUAAGAUGCCAGUAAUUACAAUGGACGAUGGUGAUACGCACGAUAAGGCAUACGAUAGAUUGCGGAAGUUGGGCGUGAAAGAUUUUACUAGUAUCUAG